GCGGGACUACACUACCCAGAGUGCACCGCAGCUCACUCACUGUAAACACGACAGGACGAAGUGACCAAUGAUCUUGUUCGUGCGGUACAACCUGGGCCCAGGAGAGGUGGUGGAGCUGCAGGAGGAGGCGAGUGUGUCGGAGCUGAAGGAGGCAGUGGGAUGUCAACAUGGAGUCCGGCCACAGGAGCUCAAGGUUCUGUUUGCUGGGAGGGAACUACAGAGCACCGCCACACUGCAGGGUUGUGAUGUCCCGGAGCAGAGUACAAUCCAUGUCGUCCUCUCUUCUUCGGACUCCUCGUCCUCCAGGUUUCUCCUCUCAGAGGAGUGUCAAGUUGAGGAGGAGGGGCAGAGACCAGACAUCAGCUCCUCCUCUCUCCCCCACUCCUCGUCCCCUGACCUGGAGGGGAAGGGGGGGGGGGAAGAGGAGGAGAUAGAGGAGAUGCAGGCUGCAGCUCAGAGAGGUGUGCGUGCCUGCAGUACUUUCUUUGUGUACUGUAAAAGCUGCAGUUCAGUCCAACCAGGAAAACUACGAGUUCGCUGUCGACGCUGCAAAGAGACUACGCUGAAACUGAGCAGAGGUCCGUCUUGUUGGGACGACAUCCUCCUCCCAGGUCGAAUCCAUGGCUUAUGUCAAUCAGAUGGUUGUCAAAGCAACGAAGCGGAGUUCUUCAUGAAGUGUGCGUCCCAUCCGACCUCUGAUGAUGACCUCUCUGUUGCCCUUGACCUCAUCAUGACCAACACCAGAGACGUGCCCUGCAUCGCCUGCACCGACGUCAUGGAAGUGGUCGUGGUCUUCCCGUGUUCACAGCGUCAUGUGGUCUGUCUGGACUGUUUCACACGUUACUGUGAGACUCGACUGAACGAGCGCCAGUUUGUUCAUGAUGCUGUGAUUGGUUACUCUCUGCCAUGUGCAGCUUCCUGUGACGACUCUCUGAUUAAAGAGCUUCAUCACUUCAGAGUUUUAGGAGACGAGCAGUAUGGGCGGUACCUGCAGUACGGCGCCGAGGAGUGCCUGCUGAGGAUUGGAGGACUGAUGUGUCCGUCACCGGGCUGUGGGGCAGGGCUUCUCCCAGCUGAUGGCAGCAGGAGGGUGGAGUGUGACAGACAGGUUGGCUGCGGCCUCAUCUUCUGUAGAGACUGCAGGGAGCCAUACCACGAAGGCGUCUGUCAAACCCUGACGGCCCCGCCCACUGUUGAAGCCUCACAGGGUUUCGUGGUGGGGGAGGAUGCGUCUCUGAGAGGGAUGUGGGAUCGAUCGUCUAUGCUGCUCAUCCAGGAGUCGACUAAACCCUGCCCCCAGUGUUCAGUCCCUGUAGAGAAAAACGGCGGCUGCAUGCACAUGCAGUGUCCUCUGUGCAGAGCUGAGUGGUGCUGGAGCUGUGGACGCCCCUGGUCCCCACAGUGUAUGGAAAACCACUGGUUCACGUAAACACACACUUGUUGCAGAGAGACACUUCAGCAGGAAGCAGAGCAGAACCAGCUCAUUAAACAGACAAAAAGCCUGUAUAGAAAUGUUAAACAUAAUUAUUUAAUAAUAUUUUACUGUACAAUGCUCCUGGUCGACCGUCAGCACCUGUGAUUAUUAAUAUAAGUUGUUUUCAAACUGUAUUUGGUUCAUUUCUAUAUAAAUCGAUUACUUCCUGGGUCGGGGCGUCGGAUAAGUGGGCCCUGAUACUUUUGUUAACCACGUGACCUGAGGCUGCUUUUAAUUGGUUGUUGCAGAUUUCCAACAGGACGCAGCUCUCUGCGCCCCGGACACUCCCACUUUUAUUUACAGCCAAUAGGUAUUGAUUUACGUUUUUUAAUCUAAUGAGAUUGGCCGACCCUCGACGCCGUCUCAGGUACGUCCGAUGUCACUGAGUUACUCCUGUGAGCUGACUGGUGAAGAAAUGAAACUUCAGGUGGAACUGUGGUAAAUCUGGUGAUUUCUUUACAAAAACACCACAACAUUUUCAAAAUGUCGGCACGGAGGUACAGUGGACAACGACGUGGGUGCGAGACCUGAAACAUCUCUGUGAAAAAUACUAAUGGCAUUAAAAAGUUGCCACAGUCACUAAGACACAAUGUGGCUACAUUUUCGUUGCAGGCCACAGGACAUGUUUUAUGUUGUGUUGUUUUUGUUGAGUCUGGCUUCAGUUUGUUGUUUGUGUUUGUUUAUUUUGACUAGUUUGGACGUGUAUUUACAUGUUUAUUUGAAUUAUAUUGAGUAUAAGCAGUAAG